AUGGCUGGCUCAACUAAAAAUGGCCAGCCAGUACGAUCCGCCAGCGCUGCUUUUGCAAACACACCAGGAAACAGUGCAUCCAUCAUGUUAGAUAAAUGUCGACCAGGUAUUCGCCGCUCGACACCCGAUUCGGAUGCCCUUGCUUCAUCUGAGGAUGAGGGCGAUCAUCAUCAUCCCGCUCAACACCAGCCGACACCUUUGGCAAACCAACGUCGCCGUACAUCCUGGCUCAACGAAGUGCCCAGCACCUUAAUGAGAAAGGCCUCACUCCCCGUCACCAGCACAUUUUCGCCCGUCAGUUCCAAUCCCACCACACCUGCGGGGGAUCAAUCGUCGUGGGGUACCGCCACGAGUCCCGGGGUCACCACAGCAGUGAACUGGGGAAAUACAUCUGCCAACGGAUCUUUCCCCUGGGGUACAGGGAUCUGGAACACCGAAAAUCGAAAGGAACCACCAUCUCGCAUGGUUGAGGUUCUCCAGUCCCCAACGAGCUCUAACCCCCCAAAUUUGAUUAGUACUUCAGGAGAAGAUCAGAGCGGGACUACAGCAUAUCAGGCGUCUGGGGAGACACCGAUUCCAUUUGCCAUUCCACUUCACCCAACGCCUAAGACAUACCGCUCUCAGUCAUACUCAGUUGGACAGCUGGACCCAGAAUCCAGUGGCAUUCCCCCUUCCCUCACAACUUCAAACAAGCCCACCCCACCCAUCAGUCGGAAUAGACCUGCUGCACAGUACUCCUCAGUCCAACGUCGUUCCUCUCGACCCAGCUUGUUGGAACUAGGACAUGACCCUGCUACCCUAGGACGCGUUCGCGAAGACGAUGACGACAUUAGUCCUAGUGGCAUAGAACCCAGCAACAACAACUGGGCAUCUAACCAAGCACGCACCAUCGAACAGCUCACUUUGGAGAACGCAAUGUUACGUCAGGCUGCUUCAAGCCAAGCUGAGGGCACCAACAGAUUCCGCGAUCGUACCCUCUCAUCGACAUCUACCAACAACGGCUAUUCCAUGGCUCAAACCCACAAGCUUCACCCAAUUCAAGGCAGUGUUCCAGAAGAAUCCGAUCUAGCCGUAGAAGAUUUGGAAGAUGUGGGUGGCUUUGCAGGCUACAGCUCCCGCAAUAAUGCCCGCAGACGAUUCAGCGAGCAUUCAACAAACUUAGAAAAGCAAUUUCCUACCUUUGCGUCAUUGGAGAACCGCACCUUGGAAAACAUCAAACGAGCUCAGUGGCAGAGCUCGCUUGGUUUUGGCAGCAUUGCUGAUGUACCUCAGAGUCGCCGCCAUUCUUUCGCCGAUACUUUGACCCGACAUCCAUCGUCUUCCUUCCCUUCGUCAAGCGAGACUCGAGCAUCGGCUGGUUCGACAUCCUCCCUUUUAACCCGCGAUGAAGGGAGUUUUACUGAAAAUGGUCUAAAUACCUCAUCUGCCGAAAUUGCUCCAUAUAUAUCUGGACAAGACACUAUCCCAACUUCUGGAAUUCCAACCUCUCUUCACCAAGCUUAUGUCAUGCCAAAUGCUUUUGGACGCCAGCAUGCUGCCCUUGGCCAGCCUCAUCAAAACCAGCAGUUAUUCAUUGUUACUUUCAAGUGCUACCGUGCAGAUGUCUUCUAUAUCCAAGAGGGCACUGGUUUAGAAGUAAAGACUGGCGACCUCGUGAUUGUCGAAGCUGAUCGCGGUACUGAUUUGGGUACUGUUGCACAUGCAAAUAUCAGCUGGGCGAGAGCCAAAGAACUGAAGGAUCACUAUGCCGAGGAGCAUUACAAAUGGUUGAUGCUGUUCUCGCGUCAGAAUCAAGGCAACGGCACUGGGCAUAUCAAUCCUGGAGCUCCUCCAUCUCUGGGCGGUGCACCAGGCAGUGCCGUCGGUGGCAUGGGCCCUCAGUCCCAACACACAUCUCAAGAACCUCAAGCUGCCGAGAUAAAACCCAAGCUGAUUAAGAGGCUGGCUCAAAGCCAUGAGAUCCAGACCCUUCGUGAUAAAGAAGGCAACGAGGCCAAGGCGAAACGCGUGUGCCAGCAGAAGGUUGCUGAGCAUCGUCUCAAUAUGGAAAUUCUUGAUGCUGAGUUCCAAAUGGACUGGAAGAAGCUUACAUUUUACUAUUUUGCUGAUUCCUAUAUCAAUUUUAAUUCUUUGGUUACGGACCUAUUCAAAAUUUACAAGACGCGUAUCUGGAUGUCUGCUAUCAAUCCUGCUUCCUUUGUGACUCCAUCCACUGGACUACCACCUCCACCAGGCUCUGGGAUGAUGGGGUAUGGGCAGGAUUCCCACACUGAUCGACGUCGACAGCAUGAAUUUGGACAAUACGGCGGCCUUAACCAAGGAAUUUCUUCUCCAUAUACUGACCCUACUCGAGACCAUAUGCAACCUAUGCAACCGGGGAUGCGUCCCCCUUAUCUCGACCCAUACCAUACAUUCGGAAUUGCUAGACAGCCUGACGCUGGAUUUGGAGCUGGAAUUCAACCUCAGACCGACCCAUUUUCUUCAUACCAACAGCCGCACUACACUAUGAUGGACCCUAAUGCCGCUGACUUUAGCCGAACUAACGGUAACGGGGCCACGAAUAGACCCCAGAGCGGCCAGAAUGGCCAGAACGAUUGGACAAACCAAUUCAGUGGCCUAUCCCUUAAUUCUUAA